AUGUCAACUGCAAAACAUCCGCUGGAGCUUGUCCUCCAGAACCAUCUAGGAACAGACGAGUCUGCUAUCAAAUAUCUGCCAAAUGUCCUGACUGUGCUUCAACAGCCUGGUAUUCUCCAAGAGACUCGUGUGCUGGGGAAAUGGAAUGCUCGAAUUAAUAGUUUCUUGCACUCUCGGGAGGCUGCAUCACGCUGGGUGGGACUAUACAUCGCAAGAUAUACAGCCCUAGGAUCCAGGCAAAUUCUAAUAGAUAAUGCUCAAGGAUGGGUUGGAGUGGUACUUCCGAUGUUGUCGAAACCCGAAUCACCACCAAAUCACUAUUCUGCUAUUCGUCUGUUGUCAUAUAUCUUUACAGCAGUGACAGAUAUGCCAGAGUUUCAACGCCAAGUAGUUGUUCCCAACGUCCAAAAAUGUAGCCAGGCACUAUUGGCUAUUGCGAAGAAUUCCGAAAGCGAACUUGAUCUCAAACUCCUCGCUAUAGAUACCUUGACCAAACUAACGACAUAUCACCCAACCCAUCAUAAAGCACUUCACCAACAGCUAUUAAAUUUCACGCUCGAACACCUCCAAGGAUCCUUUCCACUACAUGCAGUGCUGGCUCUCACGGGCGGCAAGGUCGGAGCCGGAAUGAUGUGGAGGCAGAGCCUUGACUCGACCAUAGGAACUAUUUGGGCAACUUUAAGCACACUGAGAAGCACUUAUGCCGAUGUGCCUCGCCCGAGUACGAUCACUACGCCUUUUUCGCUACCAGAAUUACCAGCCGAUUCCGCCGUUGCAGGACCUAUUGCCCUUGACCGGUUCCGAAGCAUGAUUCACUUGCUCAUAGAUUUACUCAGGACCCCAACUUCUCGGCCUGUGUCGAUCCCACUCGGCCAGCUUUCUCAUUUGACAUUAGCUUUGCUUCGGUUCAAUGCCAAUUCGCAGUCCCAAUCUACAAAUGCUACAUAUGAAGCUGUCCAACGAGCAAACGAGGAUGCAAUUGUACCAGACCUAUGCGCAGCAGGAUGUAUGCUGGCUCAACAACUCGCAAAAACUUGUGGAAAACUAUUUACGCCGUAUGCUUCUCAAGUGUUCACCGCUAUAACAUUAAAACUUGAACAAAAUAUUACAACAGAACUUCAAGCCCGUCUUCUCGCCACAAUCCCUCCGAUUAUAGCAAGCACACAUACUCCCGCUCCGUCAGCAUCUUAUAACCGCCUCGCAGCUCGGAUACUCAAAGUUUUAUCCCCUCUGCUACCAUCUUCACGCACCCACUCUCAAGCCCAGCCUCUACACGAAAGCGGGACAAAAGGCAAGAAACGCGCACGCUACGAAGGAGACGAAUUGUUUUCUUCCCAUUCUUCGUCUACAAGCUCAAGUCCUCUAUCACUACCAACGCAUGACAAACUGCACAUGGCUGCGUUAUUUGCACUAGCUGCGCUGAUCCCCACGCUUCCUCAUACUACUCAAGCAACCGUUCAUAGAACCCUACUCGCGUUGCUGUUACACCUCCCAAGAAAGGGGGGCCACAGGCGACUUGUUCAAGAAAUAAGCCGCAUAUAUGCAUCCAAGCUAGGCGGAAGCCCCAGUGGAAUGUUAGGUGUCGCGGUACAAGCUCUGAGUGCCAUUGAGCAGACGUACGACGCACGUUCUACACCUGGCAUCGGUCAUCACCACAUCGUUCAAUCAUUCUUGCAUCCCCGUGUUCCACCCGAUUCAAAAUCCGGACCGACCAUUGAAAAUGUGCUUCUCUUUUGGAAAGAUGAAGAGGACGAAGAGACCAAGGAACUUAGGCACACGGCAGAGAUCGCGAUUGCAGAUGAGAUUUUGGCUUCGGAAUUGCCUUUGGAAGCAUCUAGAGGUUUAAAUGGAGCCAAGCAUGCGAUGAAUGAUCUAAAUGAAGAGACACUCAAUGUGGAGCAGAGUACCAUAGUCAAUGGUAUUGUAAAACACAGCGUAGUCGAUGCGAUUCCUGCACCUCUCCCUCCUUCUCAACCAAUGGUACCUUCACCUGCUCCUUCCUUUGCUUCAUCCACAACGUCCAACGCUGUGGCACCUGUAGCUCCUUCAUCAACCUCGACAAGCACACCCUUUGUCUCAACUUCGCAAUCUCAGCCGGCAGCUGUUGCAGCAUCGUCGCUUUUUCGUAGCUCUAUGGUUCCAAAUACUUCUCAAAAUUCCAGUUCAGCACCUGUUCCGGGACCUCCUUCACGACGGCUCUCUACACCAAACGACGACGACGACGACGAUGAACCGAUGCCUCAAAUUGACUUGGGCUCAGACACGGAUGAAGAUUAA